CCCAGCCAUCGCACCUGCACCUGCACCGACCAACGCCGACUGAAUCCCACUGCAUCCUGCACUCCGCGUCCAGUGAUUACUACGACGCUUGCCUAUCGCUGAUUUCCAACCUCCCCCCACUGGUCGCAAAACCUCCCAGAUUCCCAUCACUGCAUACAUCCAGCACCGCCCCGUCCUUGUUUUUCAACGGCAGACGUCCUGUUCCAACCCCUUCGGUUCUGACUUAUACCCUAUCGUUUUGUUUCUUGGGCUCAAAUCUAAGAGCGUCGCAUUCUUCGGUUGUCGUUACUGCCCGACACUGCCAUAAAUACACUCGCUUGUUGGUGUUUUCCCUGUCCAGGCAACGCAGGCAGGCUUCAGUCUCUUUGCCACUCCACCAGGACUAUCUAUACACUGUCUCUCACCUUACCUAUACCACCACCGGCACCACAACAUCACUCAUAAUACCGAACGACUUGUUGGCAAGACAAUAGACCGAACCCGCAUCUCUUCGACCCAACAGUACCACUGUCUUGUUUGUUAUUUGUCUGCAUUCACGACCACGCAACAAACAUAACCACCCGUUCGAACACCCAAAACACCCACCCUAGCCGGGCACGCCGCCAAUAUGCGUCGCCCUUCGGCAGACCUCACCGACCCUUCGCGCAACCUGGAGGAGUCGGUCGGCUCGCCAUCAUCUACCUUGGAGCCGCCAGACGUCGACUUGUCCAUGCCUCCGACCUCUGAUGAGGAGAUGGACGACGCGAUAGACGACGCGGACGGUCGCAUCUUCACCCCGCCACCGCACAUCGCCGCCCGCUUUUACCGUCCGUCCCAGGCUCGUCGCAAGGACUCGGCCGCCUCGUCACGUCGCAAUUCCAUCUCCUCGGUCCAUUCCCGCUGCUCCUCUACCCAGACCUUCAACCGCCAUGGCGCCCCACAGAGCAAGCAGAUCGCACAGCAUCUCCGUCGCACGUCCUUUCUCGAAGACCGAAAAGCACGCCUCGCCGACCGUGCCGCCCAUGCCGAAAAGGUUCGUCUGAGAGCCGCCAUGGCCAAGGCCAACCACCGUGACACCUCUCUCUCCGAAGAGCGAGCCCUCGCUGCCCAGCAGGCCCGCGAGCGGAACCUGGCUGAGAUUGUCGCCUCGUGUGCCGAAGAGGUCAAGAGGGCCAAGGCCGUUGCCGAGACCAUGAAGGACAAGAGGGAGCGCGAGCUGGUCAAGCUUCGUAUCCAGAUGGAAGAGCGCCUGGCUGAGGCUGAGCGUCGGAGGGAGGAGCUCAAGAACCGACAUGCCACCAAGCGGGCCCGCGGCCAGAGCUUGGUCUUGCGCAAGACGACCGAGACGUCUUCCAACCCUGCCGACACUGAUGCCGACGUUGACGCCGACGCCGACGCCGAUGCAGACCCCUCGCCCCUGAGCGAGACCGACGCUGCCGCGAGACUGCAAUGGUGGUGGAAGAGCCAUAUGAGGAAGAAGGCAGUCGCCAACUUCUCGGAACUGGGACUCACCAUCGAGGGCGUGCGGGACACGUCUUUUGACGAAGUCCUCGAGUUACUGGGACAGGAAAAGGUGCUCGUAUGCACCGCCCGAAUACUGCGCAUCUGCGGCUUGCAGGAGGGCGACACAGGGUCUGUCGAUGAGAUGGCCGCCGUCCGUACCUUUCUCAGCGCCUUCCUCAUUCUGGGCCACCCUACACAGGUCCUGAGCAACAAGGACGGCACGGGGAACAGGGAACAGGUCGGAUUGUUACAGCCUCAACCGCUGCCCAGUAACGAUCUUGCUAAUCCCCAGCUGCAGGACCUCGUGACCAAGGCCCGGGAUCUCCUGAUUUCUUUCGAGAACAUCAUGUCGCGCUUGACUGCCGCUAACCACUACACCCCUCCACCGACCCUACGGAGUGCGCUGCCCGAGAUCUACGCCACCUUCUACAACGCAUUCCUCGCGUGGAAGUCUCGCGACUCGGAGUCGCUCGUGCAGCUGAUGCUCCUGCAGUUUGUCGAGCUCGAUAUGAUCCUGCAGACGGUCCAGGAAAGCACCGACGACGCCGCAGCAGAGCAGUAUCGCGAGAGCGUCAAGAGCAACCAAGUCCAGCUCAUUGUGCGGAUCAAGAAGCUCGCCGGCCAGGAGAGGGGCAAGAAAAUGAUUGCGGACGCCGUUCGGAAGGCACGCAAGGCGCGCGCCGCUAAGAAGCCCACGGGCGACAUGAAGCCCCGCGUCGCCGAGAACGCUCCCGGAGAGGCGUCUGCCACUGCCGAGAGCCUUGUGUCCCCGGAGUUGCAGACGCAGACGCUCACUCCGCCGCCGACGCCGGCCAAGGGGCACACGAAGCCGCAGCCCAUCGAGAUCAAGCCCGGAUUCAGCGGCCUGCUCCCCGACAACAGGAUUGUGGUGCACGAGCUCGCCAUCAACCGAGAGUAUCGCAUCCCUGCCAGCGAGUAUAGGGAGCAUCGCACUGCCCUUCAGAUACCCCUGUUUGCUGGUAUGCGGGCGAGCAUGGCAGAAGACAACCUGGACGCCAGCUUUGGCUACUUCAUCAUCAUGAUGCGUUACCUCAAGGACAACCUACAACGGCUGGUUAAGGCGGGCGCGUACAUGCACAAUACGAUAGGCGAGAUAUUGGACGUAGAGGUGGCUGAGCGCCAGUUCCAGAUGGGGAGCUUCUCGUACGAGAAGUUUUUUGUCUCGAUGGCGUCGCUCCUGCCCAAGCUGUGCGCGCCUUUCCGUGACGACGAGGUCAAGGACUUGGUGGACAACAAGCUCCAGAACGGAACCCUGGUGGACCGGGUCGAGGCGCUGACAGAGUUUGUGGACCUGAUGCUCUGCGAUUACGUCAAUUACAUGUUCUCAACGGCGGCGCCGCAGCUCAUCGAGUCUGCCCCCGAGUACGAGAAGAAGAGGUUUGCGACGGCGUUGGAGAGCGGCCAACACGGGCUCAACGCGGCUGAAGCGGCGUGGCGUGCGGCGCGCUCCAAGGUGCUGGCCGAAGCCCGCAAACGAGAUCCCGAAGGCAUCAACCACGCAAAGUCUCGGCCGACGGACGACAAAAUCUACGCACAACUGCUCGUCGAUUGCUUUACUCAGCCGGCACCCAUCGCCGCCGACACAGUACCGGAGAUGCUGGGCCUGGACUAUAAGCGCAUGACGCGCUUGUCUCUGACGUCUCAGCGCAUCGUCACAACGGGAGCGAUCCUACUACAAUGCAAGAACCUCCUCAAGCGGGACGUGCGCACGCCGUGGAAGACGGAGGCAACGCGCAUCACAGCUGUGCUCGAGGCGGAUCACGAGAACAUGGACUCGAUAGUACAAGGCGUCAUGGCGGCGCUCGAAGGUGGGCGGUCGAUGCCAGCGGCGACCAAGACGCACCUUAAGGCGCUGGUCACCAAGGUGCUCAAGGCCAGCCACGACUCGAUGAAGAAGGGCGUGGAGCCGACGGAGCCGGUUUUGCGACUCUUGUUGGCGCGACUCCGAGGUCAUAUGAACGCCAGGCUGACGGCAGGAUCGGCCAAAGAGAAGCUCAACGCUGCGACGACGGCGCACGAGAAGCUAGCCGGGCUGGGGUUGGCCGAGUUUGCGGUGCAGGCACGGGAGAUGCUGGACGAGAUCUCCAAGGUGGGCGCCGUGGACAGAGCGGCGCAUGGGCUGUGGUGGAACGAGGUGGCGGCCAAGGUGGCAGCAGAGGGUGAGGCAGGCAACGGAAGCCCGUGUUGAGAGGUCAUGACGAAGAAAACACGUGUGUGUAUGCAUGGAUGAGUACGAUAUACGAGUAGAGAGCGGGCGGGGAGCAUUUCCGGAGGACUUCCUUGACGACGUGAUGAUGUACUUGUUACUUUGUUCGGGCUCGAAUGGGACGGGAGUUGGCGGAGGUUUGUACUGGCUGCUUUCGAUAGAUUUCCACGGCAUGGUUUGACGCGUUGGACUCCUUUUUGUUUCUCACAGCGAACUCAUGGGGCGGCAUGGAAUUUGUCUAAUGGACGGGACGAGGGCACACGAUACACAACCACACGGGCUUGAGGAUGUGCCCGGGAAGCGAAUGGCGGGAUUUGGGUAAAGACCUCAUACAGGCACAAUGAGAGAGACUAAUGGAAGCAUGAAUUUUGUUGAUCCAGCCAGAAUGACAC